AUGAGCGUCAUCGAAAUCUUGACGAGAGUAGAGGCGAUCUGCCAGAAGUACGACCGUUACGACGUCGAAAAGCAGAAGGAUCUCAAUGUCUCCGGCGACGACGCCUUUGCUCGCCUCUACGGCUCCGUCGAAUCCGACAUUGAAGCCCUCCUCCAGAAAGCGGAAAUUGCUUCGAAAGAGAAAAAUAGGGCAUCGGCUGUUGCGCUGAAUGCCGAGAUUCGUAGGACCAAGGCUCGAUUGCUCGAGGAGGUUCCCAAAUUGCAGAGGUUGGCUGUAAAGAAGGUUAAGGGGCUUUCAUCCCAAGAUUUUGCUGCUCGUAAUGAUUUGGUCCUUGCGUUGCCAGAUAGGAUCCAGGAUAUUCCAGAUGGGACUCCAGCUGCACCCAAACAAACUGGAGGAGGUUGGGCAGCUUCAGCUUCUCGUACAGAAAUCAAAUUUGAUUCUGAGGGACGGUUUGAUAAUGAAUUCUUCCAACAGUCUGAGGAGUCAAGUAAUUUCAGGCAAGAGUAUGAAAUGCGGAAAAUGAAACAGGAUCAAGGUUUGGAUAUGAUAUCAGAUGGUUUGGAUACGUUGAAAAAUAUGGCUCAGGAUAUGAACGAGGAAUUCGAUAGGCAAGUUCCUUUGAUGGAUGAGAUUGACUCCAAGGUGGACAAGGCAUCUGCGGACCUUAAGAAUACCAAUGUUAGACUGAAGGACACAGUCAACCAGCUGAGGUCUAGCCGAAAUUUCUGUAUUGAUAUUGUGUUGCUGUGUAUAAUUUUGGGCAUUGCUGCGUAUUUGUACAAUGUACUGAAGAAGUGAGGUUUGAUAUAGAUGGUGGUUUGGCCAGAUUCCAAGUGUUGGCUUGUAGGGUAUUGUUUUGCAAUUUAAGGACUCACUUUGGUGCUUGAUACAUAUUAUUUGAUCGUUUGUCUCAUGAUUAAUUGUGUCUAUUCUCACUUCCAUGAAUGUAUUUUUUGUAUACAUCAGUCAUGCUGUAUGAUCAUACUUUUAUGUGGAAGUUGAUUGAGUCCCCUAAUGUGUGUCCGUUGCUAGUCGGUGAGGCGAGUUGGAAUACUUCAAAUUGUUAAAAGACUGUUGUUGGCCAUUGUAGUUAGUAGACAGGAUUGACAGCUUCAUUUCGAUCUUAUAUGAAUCCUCUCAUGGAAUUGGUGUGUUA